GUGGCUAGUUUUUCGCUAUAAAAAGAAGCUUGGAUGCCACUGCCAGUUAGUGUAAAGGAAUGAACAACAUUAUUUGGCAUCAAUUUUUAAAAUCGAUGGCUUCAAGAUUUAAGCUUGUUUCUGCACUCUCUUUGUUGCUUCUUCUGUUAGAUUUUUGUAGGGGAAGCAACGUUGGAGUUGACUAUGGAAUGGAUGCUGAUAACCUUCCAUCCCCUGAUCAAGUAGCACAAUUGGUUCGAAAUCACAACAUUCAGUACCUUAGGAUUUAUAAUUACAGACCCGAAGUGUUGAAGGCCUUUUCAAACACCGGUAUUGAACUUAUGGUGGGAGUUCCUAAUGCAGACUUAUCACAAUUCCAGUCCCAACCAUAUGUAGAUUCCUGGCUGAGGACUAGCAUCCUCCCGUACUACCCAGCCACAAAGAUCACCCACAUUACUGUAGGUGUUGAAGUGACUAAUUACCCAGAUAAUACCGCCAACUUGGUUGUGCCCGCCAUGAGAAAUGUCGUCUCAGCAUUGAAAUCGGCCAACCUGCAAGGUAAAAUCAAGGUUUCAACUCCACUCUCCUUUGGGGUUUUAUCCAAAUCCUUCCCACCUUCCGAAGGGGCAUUUAACAGUGGCUAUGAAAAUGUCUUGAGACUUUUGUUGGACUUCCUAGAAGAGAACCAAUCACCUUUUAUGGUCAAUUUAUAUCCUAUUUACGCUAUUGGAGCUUCUUCUUUGGAUGCUGUUCUGUUUAAGUCACCCUCUACGAUUUUCGUAGAUCAGCAUACCGGUCUUAGUUACAAGAACAUUUUUGAUGCUCAGCUAGACGCUGUUUUUUACGCCAUUGCCAAUCGGAAUUUCAGAACAACUAGGAACACAUUUGAUGCUCAGCCAGAUACUGUUCAUUUUACCUUGGCCAAUACGAAUUCGAGAAUAAACGACAUUAUUGUUACGGAAACCGGCUGGCCUACACAUGGUUCUAGGCCACCACAUGCUAGUACUCACAAUGCCAAGACUUAUAACUAUGGUGCUAGUCUUGACAGUGUCGACGACUACGCUAACAUUGACAAUGCCCAGACUUACAACACCAACUUAAUUAGUCAUGUUAUGGGUGGCUCCGGUACGCCUGCUAUGCCUGGUGCAAACCUAGAUGUGUACAUUUUUUCCUUGUUUAAUGAGAACCUGAAGCAAGGACCGGAAAUAGAGAGAAACUUUGGUUUAUUUGAUCCCGAAAUGAGGAGUGUAUAUAACCUGAACUUUCCUGGAAAAGGAACCGGAAAAAGCUGGUGCAUUGCUUCUAGCCAGGCUUCAAAUUCGGCUUUACAGAAUGCGCUAGAUUGGGCUUGCGGUCAGGGAAAAGCAGAUUGUUCGGCAAUUCAGCCUGGCCAGCGAUGUUUUCAGCCAGAUACCCUAGUUUCUCAUGCCUCUUUUGCAUUCAACAAUUACUACCAGAAAAAUGGGGCCACCGAUGAUGCAUGCAGUUUUGGAGGAACUGGGAUCAAAGUUUCUACGGACCCUAGCUAUGGAAACUGCAUUUAUAACUGAAAGUACAAAUUCUGAAACAUGCUAUUUAGCAUACCCUUCGUUUUAUCUCCCUUUCUAUUGUUAUAUUUCAUCAUUACAUGCUUCCCUUAACUUGAUCCCUGUCUUUCGAUUCAUAAAAAAGAGGAUACAUCAAGAAAAAAAAGAAAUGAUUGUUGUAACCAUCAUGCAGGAUUACCAAAACUGCAGCCAGUAGGACGACUGCCAUUACUACAACUUUCUAGGUUUUUUUAGUUUUAAUGUCUUCGUUAAAACCAGGGCAAUGUGAAACUUAUGAGAAGGUAGCCUCUGGUUUUUGUUUUGUAUUUGAUAGAGCUAAUAAGGGCACUGAAUAAUGAGAAUGCAUGGUGUCCAUUGCUCUCCUAUCCUGUUUUAUUCAUGCAAGUUGAAGGCCAAGGGUUCCUUUCUCAA